CACCAACAAACGGUCAGCUGUCGGCGCAGCUGUAGAUACGACGUUGUGUGUGUACUGUGUGUUGUAUACAAGUUUCAAUCAUGGCAUUGCGUACGGACACAUUGUGUUUAAAUGAAAAGAAAUUGUUUAAAAUAUUGAAAGAAAGUGUACCCAAAAACGGGCAGGAGACGCAUAAUAUCAUCGAAAUUCGCGACGAUGUACUUUACGCCUGGAAUGCCGAUGAGAGUUCUAUUCUGACUCUGAAUAUUGGAGCUACGCGCGGGAAGACCGGCGAUGACGUUGCUUAUCAGACGCUGUUACUGACGGAUCCGCCGACGUUCACCGUGACGAACUUGCAGAUAAAUGAAACAGCAACGCAACUGGCGAUCUGGGGAAACUGUGGUAUCGCUGUGGUGGAAUUACCGAAACGAUGGGGAAAAGAUGCGGCAUUUCAAGGUGGCAAGGAUGUGAUUUCGUGUCGAGGCCAAAGUCUUGACGAGCGAUUAUUUAAUUGCUCUGGUGUGACCGAAGUACGACGUGCUCGCUGGCAUCCAGGUUCCACCAGAGAUUGUCAUCUCCUGGUACUUACCUCGGAAAAUACAUUUCAUUUAUACGAAUGCGGAAUAAAUGGGUCUCAAUCAUUGAUACGAACCUGGAAUGUGGGCCAGGCGCCUUGUUCGCCGUCGAAAAUUCCUAGCUCGGCCUCUGUGGGCGAAGAUGCUGUGGACUUUGAUUUUGUCACGCCGACUCUAAAGCCCGAAAUUGAUGCGAAAAAUAUCGAAAUCAAUAAUGUGGAGUGGAACAACAUAGAAUGGCCGAUUUUGGUUUUAAAAGGCAAUGGAGAUGUCUACAUGGUUCGCGGCAACGCAUUACCUCCCAAAGCGGAGAAACCAGUCGUAACUGGACCCUUAUCCAUGUACCCAAGAGCACACGACAACUAUGGCAUUGACUCGUGUUCGAUAAUGUGCUUACAAACAACUCCACCCCUCGUUGUAAUUGCCACAAGCAAUGGGAAGGUCUACCACAGUAUUUUGCUUCGGGAGGAGCUUGAGGAUGACGAAAAAGAUUCCUGGACUCAGUACAGAUCUAACAUUAGUCUUCAGACGCCAGAAGACGCUCUUUUUGUUUACGAGUGUGUCGAAAUGGAGUUGGGUCUCAGCACAAACAGAGACGAAAAAAAAUAUUCAUGCCCCGUACAUCUCCACGUGGAUAGAGGAAACAGCUCAAGAUACUUUUGCUCACAUAAUGCUGGGAUUCAUCUUGUAAAUUUGCCUAUGGUCUCGCAAUUGGAGAAUUACAUCCAAAUUAAGGACGAAGAGGCAGAUCUUUUUCUCCCAGCAUUGUCGCAUCAGUCAAGUUCACAAUAUCUAGUCUGCACGAGGACAAAAAGUACGCAAGAACCAGCCCCCAUUCUGGGAUUCGGACUACUCCAAGAACCGUGUAUCUUGGUUGCGCUACUUCACACAGGAGUUGCCGUCAGUCUGUCCGUUUUCGAUCUCCACUACUUACCAAAAAUCGAACCGAUAGAACCUGUCAUAAGUCCUGGCAAAAAGGUCGUUAAAGAACCGUUCGAUGUAUACAUAAAAAACCUUUUGAAACACGAUGUGUCUCAGCCUAUUUUGAAGCUGGCACCUAAUGCGGAAUCGUCGCCCCAAGAAAUCUUGGAGCUAUUACUGAGAGCCACGACUGUAUAUCGGAGCGAACACUUUGCUCGUCAAGACAAAGUCCGAGCAGAAAUUGCUAAGCGAACUCGGACUCUACGAGCUCUGAAGAUUCACCGACUCAAAGAAUUAGAGUCCUUUGCACAAACAAGGAAACAACUUCAGGAAUCUGCAGAACGUCUCGCUGAACGUUACGAGGAUAUAAAGGAUAAGCAAGAGGAGCUUGUUCGGAGGGCUCAGGAUGUUCUGAGAUUGAUAAACGAACGACAGCCUUCAAUGUCGCCGAUUGAAAAGGAGGAAGCAAACGAAUUGAAGAGUAUGAAUAAUAAGGCGCGUGAGCUAUCUCAGCAGCUCGAAAAACUCAAGAAUAAAGCCAAGUAUCAAUCCGAGCAGUUGGUUAACUGGGAGAAGAAAGAAAAGAAAAAGGAUUUGGUUAUGAGGAAAUCACAAGAAGAUACGAUCAAGACUCAACUCGGAAUCAUGUCAGCAGAUAUCGCCGAUUUGGUAUCAACGGUAAAAUUAUUGGCAGAAGAAGUAUUGUAAAUGUCACGUCAGAUCACGUACUUCCAUAUUUUUUUGUUCUUGUUAAUGUCAUACAUGAUGUUUCAGUCUAAAAGUGUACCUAUGAUUUCGUAACAAUAAACUAAUAAAGAUAUGGCCUAUUCGCCUUGCAUAUAAAGAU